CCCCGUGCAACCUACCCCCGCGGCCGCCGCGCCGUCGCCGCCGCCGGGACCGCCGCCUCGCCGGGCCCCAGGACCCCGCGGCCCGACCUGGAGCCCACCGAGCAGGGGGGGCCAGCCGUUUCUAAUCCUCGCGCCCAGAACAGCCCGCCGGUCCCGCGCGCCUCGCCGAACGCUGCGCGCUGUGCAGACCCCUGUCCUCUCCUGUCUUUCUUCUCCGACCCUCCCUCUCACCUUCUCCUUUGCUCGAAUUGCUUUUCCCCGGUUGCCGUACCUUCCUCAUCUCUCCAUCUUCCCCCUCCUUUCCCUGUUUCUCUUUUCACCUUCCUCUUAUUCCCACCUUAGACAUCCCUUUUGGUCCUCACCGCCUUCUUCUCGACCCUUCUCUGGCUCCACAGUAGCAACAGCCCUCCCUGCGUCUGUGGGUUGCUUUGUGCCCUUGUGCCUCAGUGUCCCCCUCAUCUCACUACCUCCGACCCCCGUCCCGGCUCAGCACCUGGUGGCCUGGCUCUGGGAGAAGGAAGGAUGAUUCCCGAAGGAAGGGUCCUUUCUUCCUUGCUGGGACUCGCACUGCUCUGGUUCCCCUUGGACUCCCACGCUCGAGCUCGCCCAGACAUGUUCUGCCUUUUCCACGGGAAGAGAUAUUCCCCCGGCGAGAGCUGGCACCCCUACUUGGAGCCACAGGGACUGAUGUACUGCCUGCGCUGUACUUGUUCUGAGAGUGCCCAAGUGAAUUGUUACCGCCUCCACUGCCCACCUGUCCACUGCCCCCAGCCUGUGACAGAGCCGCAGCAGUGCUGCCCCCGGUGUGUGGAACCGCACACCCCCUCUGGGCUCCGCGCCCCUCCAAAGUCCUGCCAGCACAAUGGGACCGUGUACCAACAUGGAGAGAUGUUCAGUGCCCAUGAGUUGUUCCCUUCCCGCCUGCCCAACCAGUGUGUCCUCUGCAGCUGCACCGAGGGCCAGAUCUACUGCGGCCUCAUGACCUGCCCGGAACCAGGCUGCCCUGCACCCCUCCCGCUGCCCAGCUCCUGCUGCCAGGCCUGCAAAAAUGGGUCGAGUGAGAAAUCAGCUGAAGAGAACACCACACAGUCACACCGCGGGGUGAGGCAUUCUCAGGAUCCCUGUUCAGGUGACAGUGGGAGAAAAAGGGGCCUGGGCACCCCGGCCCCCACUGGGCUCAGCUCCUCUCUGGGCUUCAUUCCUCGCCACUUCCGACCGAAGGGGGCAGGCAGCACUACAGUCAAGAUCGUCCUGAAGGAGAAACACAAGAAAGCCUGCGUGCAUGGCGGGAAGACAUACUCACAUGGGGAAGUGUGGCACCCAGCCUUUCGCUCCUUUGGACCCCUGCCCUGCAUCCUGUGCACCUGUCAGGACGGCCACCAGGACUGCCAGCGGGUGACCUGCCCCACUGAGUACCCCUGCCAUCACCCCGAGAAAGUGGCUGGAAAGUGCUGCAAGGUUUGCCCAGAGGACAAGGCAGACCCUGGCCACAGUGCGAUCAGUGCCACCCGGUGUCCGAAGGCGCCGGGCCGGGUCCUCGUGCACACAUCAGUGUCCCCACAUCCAGACAACCUGCGUCGCUUUGCCCUUGAGCGUGAGGCCUCUGAGCAGGUGGACAUCUACCUCUGGAAGCUGGUAAAAGAUGAGGAAACUGAGGCUCAGAGAGGUGAAGUACCUGGCUCAAGGCCACACAGCCAGAAUCUUCCACUUGAUUCAGAUCAAGAAAGUCAGGAAGCAAGACUUCCAGAGGGAGGCACAGAACUUCCGGCUGCUCACCGGCACCCACGAAGGUCACUGGAACGUCUUCUUAGCCCAGACCCCGGAGCUGAAGGUCAUGGCCAGUCCAGACAAAGGGACCAAGACCUUAUAACAAAGACCUAAACCGUUGCAGAUAUGAGCUUUAUCAUUUUUGUUGUUAU